UGCAUUGGCAUAAGCAUGUUUUAGUCUCUAUAAAAGCAGCCUCCACUCCUCAACAUUUUGCUCACUUCCAUAUUCAAAAAUGGCCUCCGCCUCCCCCAACGCUGCCGUUGCCUCCUUUUUCUUUCUAGCUCUUCUCUUCCGCGCCUCUUUCGCUCAACUCUCCGAGACCUAUUACGAUCAAACCUGCCCUCGCCUCCCCAACAUUGUCCGUGCCUCCGUCAAGAAAGCCAUCCAAUCCGACAUACGUGCCGGUGCUAAACUCAUUCGCCUCCAUUUCCAUGAUUGCUUCGUCAAUGGAUGCGAUGGCUCUGUUUUGCUUGAGGAUGCUCCCGGCAUAGUCAGUGAGCUUAACUCACCUGGAAAUCAAGGAAUCCAAGGACUUGAAAUUGUCGACGCCAUUAAAGCGGAUGUUGAAAAAGAAUGCCCCGGCAUCGUCUCCUGUGCCGACAUCCUAGCUCAAGCUUCCAAGGACUCUGUCGAUGUGCAAGGAGGGCCGAGCUGGAGAGUUUUAUACGGAAGAAGAGAUAGCAGAAUCGCCAACAAAACAGGGGCGGAUAGUGGGUUAGCCAGUCCCUUCGAAACUCUAGAUGAACUCAAAGCCAAAUUUGCGGCUGUUGGGCUCGAUACCACUGAUCUCGUCGCUUUAUCUGGGGCGCAUACAUUUGGACGAUCGAGAUGCGUAUUCUUCAGCCACCGAUUUGCGAACUUCAACGGAACUGGAAGCCCAGACCCAUCACUGGACGCAAACUACAGGCGAUUUCUUGAAGGGGUUUGUGCAGCAGGAGCAAACACAAGAGCCAAUUUCGACCCGGUAACACCGGAUGUGUUCGACAAAAAUUACUACACAAAUCUUCAAGUGGGGAAGGGGCUUUUGCAGAGCGAUCAAGAGCUGUUCUCUACUCCUGGGGCUGACACCAUCGCCAUUGUCAACAGCUUCGCGGCCAGAGAAGGAACAUUCUUCAAGGAGUUCCGGAAGUCAAUGAUCAAUAUGGGAAAUAUUAAACCUUUGACUGGAUGGCGUGGGGAAAUUAGAAGAAACUGUAGAAGGGUUAAUUCCAACUCCGGAUUGUUCGGUGGAGAAGGAGAAGGAGAAGGAGAAGGCCAUGGUGUCAUGUAACAUCAAUCUCUGCUGCUGCCUGCUUGAUCUUCAUCUUCUUCCUUCAUACUAUAAUUAAGCUUAAUUUAGAAUUAUGCGUGUUAAUUAGUGUUUAUUUUUACCAAAUACUUAUUUUAUUGUGCUUUAAUUGUCCUCAUGUCAUCAUAAAAAAUAAAAAGAACAAACAAGAAUAGAAAAAUUAAUUUCAAAUUACAA